AUCUGUCGGUUAUGAGGUCUGUGUAUUGACAUAUUACACAUAAGUUUAUUUAUUUCUAUCGAUGUCAUGGCGAAAAUAAAACCACGGAUUUAAUAGUUUUUGGAUACAUAAAUGGACGCACCGUCCAUUAUAACUCAAGUUUCGCGCGAUGACGAUCAACUCAACACAUUUCCUACGACGGAAAAAGGGUCGUCGACGUUGAACAACAAAAAGAGGAAUCGUGGGAUUCUUAGCUCAUUUCUAUGUUGCUUUGGCAACAAGAACAAUAACUCUUCAAGUGCCUAUCAAGCCCCGAAUGCUGAAGUAAAUGGCAACCCGCGGGACAUCUCAUAUAGUCCUAAUGAAAAGUAUUUAUUGCCUGCUGUUCGACCACAGGACUCGAACAAAAAGUGUGUUGUGAUAGAUUUAGAUGAAACUCUUGUACAUAGUUCAUUUAAGCCAAUCAGCAAUGCAGAUUUUAUAGUACCAGUAGAAAUAGAUGGGACAGUUCAUCAGGUCUAUGUAUUGAAGCGACCGUUUGUUGAUGAAUUCCUUAAGAAAAUGGGAGAGUUGUUUGAAUGUGUGCUCUUUACAGCUAGUCUUGCUAAGUAUGCAGACCCAGUGGCAGAUCUGUUAGACAAGUGGGGUGUUUUUAGGGCUCGUUUAUUCAGGGAAUCUUGUGUCUUUCAUAGGGGUAACUAUGUAAAAGACUUAAGUCGACUUGGGCGUGAUCUAAGUCAGGUGAUAAUUAUAGAUAACUCGCCAGCUUCCUAUAUCUUCCAUCCUGAUAAUGCAGUACCUUGCCAGUCCUGGUUUGAUGACAUGCAGGAUACUGAAUUACUCGACCUUAUACCAUUUUUUGAAGGACUUGCGAAAGUUGAUGAUGUAUAUUCAGUUUUACGAAAUACAAACAACACAGAUUCAUCCUAGUAUUGACUACAUAUUUUAUAGUGUACGGGUGACUGUUGUCUUUUUAUGUGUGAUGAAGGAAAUAUAUAUAUAAGAUAAAUGUCCAUGGAAAAUUUUAUUUAUGAAAUUUACUGUGGCAGGCCAUUUUGAAAUAUGCAGACAAUAAGCAUUUUGUUUUGGCUAUUUGUUUUGUUCUCUUGUAUUAGAGUGGAAGUUUGCAAGGGAGGUAAUGCCCAUUAUGAUAGGUAAGAAGAGUCCAGGAACUGUAUUUAUGGAAGAGAAAAGGAAUAUUUAGUCCUCGGAAAACAGGAACAAAUGUAAUAUGCAACGGAAAUACAAUUAUAUUAUAUCUUCUGAAACUGGAGUAAAUCAGAAGCUCUUGGGAUAGAGAAACAAAAAUAAACAGGACAUAUUAACAUGCUAAUGGUAGGAAAAAACAAACAUGAAUGAAACAAAAAUGUUUAGAGGACUUGUGGAUUAACUAAAGCUGAAGAGAGUGGAGAACAACAUUUACACCAACAGUUUCUAGAGAAAAUUAGUUCCUGUAAAGACUGAAAGACUAUGGCAUGAACACAGACUGUGAUUUCGAAGUACUGCAAACAUCUGACUUAGAUAUUUAUUUUGAUAACAUUCUGUUUAUAAUUUUUGUGCAUCUUUAGGAAAUUUGUCAACUUUUUCUUGUUUUUAAUCAAACCUGCACCAAACCAGCUGGAAUCACUUUGUCUAGCUUGUCCAUCUGGCGACUCUUAAGGCAGUAACUUGACUUCUCUCAAGGGAGAUAUACCUAACUUGACACAAUGAUUGAUGGCAAUGACAGGAAAUGAAGAGCACAAGGACCAUAACUUUAUCUUGAAUAUUUCAUAAAUUGCCAGUUUUAUGUUUCACAUUCAUUGACAUUUAAGUAAUAAAUUAGUUAAGGGAAUUUAAUGUAACUGGAUACAUUUUUGAGUGCAAAGAGAGCAAAUGAAAGAGACAAGUGUCAUAACUGUAGUCUUGAAUAACUAUGGAAUCAUCUCCCUUUGGUACAUAUUUUUUCUCUCACAAUUUUGAACAUUCAGAUAAUAACUUUAUACCCCAAUAAAUUGACUUUAAUGUAACUUGAUACAAUCAUAGAUGCAUGGAUGAAAGUUUUUCGUUUCUGAAUGCUGUCUGGGGUCAUUUUUGCAGAACAUGUAAAUCUGUUGAGAAAAGUUAUGGAACUGGGAUGUGAUAGAGAUGUUAUUCAUAUGCAAUUUUACAAUGCUGUAUGUGUUAUAAUAGUAAUUUGUCUCUAUUGAAAUGGAUCCAAUUCUCCUCAGAAAAUUGUGGAACCAGGUUAAGGUAUUUGAAACAGUGGUGGAAAAGGCUACUACAUUAACAUGUUUCAUGCAGGAAACUCUUCUUGUGACUGUACAGAAAUCCUGAAAAAUUCAGCAAUUUCCAUAAUUUACUAAAAUUGUAUUUCUAUGAAUGAUCACCAGUUUUCAGAGGUAUAAGGAACUGGCAUAGAUGAUGUGCCAAUUAUGCCUCUAGUUUUCACAUGUCAAAUGAGAUUUCAUAAUGGAGGGUUAAUUUGGUCUCCACAUACUUACAUCUAUGACAUGCUGGACUGAAACAUUGACUGCCUACUUUAGGUACUAAGACAAAAUAUGCAAGAAUAACUGAUUAAUCAAUGUAACUUACCAGUGCCUGGAGUUAUAAGCUUGAUUUGCUCCCAGUGCUUACAAAGCUUGUGUCAAAUGUCUGGCUUGAUACAUUUCUGUAAUACAUUUUGUAAUGAGGCAAAAACAUGUCUCACUGUUAGAUGAUUUGCAACAUUUGUGAAAACACCAAAACAGCCAUGAUUGCUUUGCUGGAAAGAUAUGAAAUACAAAGAAAUAUAAGGAUGGCUAUAGCAAUAUAUAUAUUGUAAAUUAUUGAUGUGAAGGAACCUGUUAUUAAUAUUUCUAUCCACAACCUUCAGAAAGAUUUAGCAGUUCACCUUAGAAUGAAAACCUCUUUAAAGAUGUUUUUCUCAUUUUGUCCAGAUAUUUCUAAAAAUUCCUUUUAAUGGAGCAAUUUUCUGAUUAGAUCAAAAUUAAAUAUAUGUUUGAUAGAUUGAACCGUGAAUGGUGUAUUUGUAUUCAUUACAGGUACAGCUUAGGGGGCAUGCAUGAAUCAUCAUUGGUGCUAGCUUUGGUUUUUAGAGUAAUAUUGACAGUAUCAGAAGCUGUACUUUGGAAAGAAUUAGUACAAUUUGUAUUAUUUUUGACAUUGAAAUGUUUUUGGUUUUUUAUCCCCCGCCGAUGAAAUCGGGAGGGGGGUAUUGAAAUGGCGUUGUCCGUCCGUCAGUCGGUCCGUCCGUCCGUCCGUCCGUCCGCAGCCAUUUCUCAGUAACUACUUGGUAGAGUUUCAUGAAACUUGAAAUAAACAUGAACCAACAUACUGCGAUGAUGCCCGUCAAGUUUUUUUUUUGAUUGGUCAAUUUCCCUCAGAGUUAUUGCCCUUGAUUUAAUAAAAAAUGUCUGUCUGCAGCCAUUUCUAAGUAACUAACAGGUAGAAUUUCAUCAAAUUUGAAAUAGACAUGAACCAAGAUACUGCGCUGAUGCCCGUCAAGUUUUUUUUUUUGAUAGGUCAAUUUCCCUCAGAGUUAUUGCCCUUGAUUUAAUGAAAAAUGUCCGUCUCCAGCCAUUUCUCAGUAACUAGCAGGUAGAAUUUCAUCAAACUUGAAAUAGACAUGAACCAAGAUACUGCGACGAUGCCCUUCAAGUUUUUUUUCGAUUGGUCAAUUUUCCAUUUAGUUAUUGCCCUUUAAUUGUUUAAAAAUCCACAGAUAUUGCAGGAUAUAUUUUUUUGCCGUUCCUCAACUCUGACCCUUUCGGCGGGGGAUUCCAAUUCAUCGAAUUUGCUUGUUUUCACUGUUUUGCUGCCCUCAUAUUCAAAGUGUAUUUUUACGAUUUUACUAUUUGGCUUCCCUCCUUGUUCUGAAAUGGGGUCUAGUUAGUUAAUAUUUUACAUGUGGAUGCAGGGAUGCAUCUGGAUAGUCAGAUAUCCUUAGUGUGGUUAUAUUGUGUUAUAUACAAUCAUGGGCUUCAUCCAGCAUCUGCAAAUACAAUAUAGUAUAUCAUUGUGACCGUGUAGUUUGUCACACAAACAAAUAAUGAUCAUGUAACAAUUGUUUUUCAUGAAUAUUACAAACUUAUUGGUAAUUAGCUUACCUGAGCAUGGGGUGCUCAUGAUGAGCUGCUAGGAUUGUUGAAUGUCCAUCGUCCUGAAGCAGAGGUUCAGAGUGAGUUAUUGUGAUUGUGCUGUCGUCUGUCUUAUUUUCUCAUUAGUUUAAUUAAAAAUAUUUUGUUUAUAUAAGUAGGAGUUGUAAACUAUUAACAACUGUAGAUUUUUAAAUAAGGAAAUUUUAAUCAGAAUAUUGUGUGAUUUAAGACACUGUAUGUAUUGCACAAUAUAUUGUCACUUGGCAAAUACGAGGGUUCGCAAGAGAUAAAAAUAGGAACCUUCAGAGGACUUCUUCUCAUGAUCCACUUGAUGGAUUUUUGUCAAAUUUAGUCUGUAAGCUCAUUUUUAGGUCUUUUCCCAAAUUUGUUACAAUGGGAUCACUUGGCCCCAUUUAAGGACUGCUAGGGCUGAACAAAUGAAAAAUAUUAAACAGUUUCUUCUUAUCAAAUGCUUAAUGGGUCUUAGGUCUGUAGCAUUAUUGUAAGGUCCUCCCCUAUAUUUGUUCUAAUGGGCACAUUCAAAUGCUGAAAGUUAUUUCCUAGGGCUUUAAAUAGAAAUAUCUUUAAACAGCUCUUUCUCAUGAAGUGCGUGAUGGAUCAUUACCAAACUUGGUCUGUAGCAUUCUUAUAAAGUCUUCCUUUUAAAUUUCUUCUGAUGGGGGCAUUCGGUCCUUUUAAGGGGACAUUCUAGCUAAAAAUGACUACCCCCUUGAACUGCUUGGCAGAUCUUCAUUAAACUAAGUCUGUAGCACUCUUAAAAGAUCAUCUCUAAACUUGUUCAAGUAUGGGCACUUGACUUGUUUAAUGUUAUUUAUACAAAGCACAGAUGUUACCAUUCAGGAUUUAGUUAAUUAUAUUCAAGGUCAAGUAGUCAAUAUCAGGUGAGUGACUUAAGGUCACUAUGGCCCACUUUUUAGCCCACCAUCAUCAGAUGUUGGGCUAUUCAAAUCACUCUGCAUCCUUCCGUCCGUUAACAAUUUCUCGUUAUCGCAUCUCGUCAGAAACUACUGGGUGGGGGGGGGGGGGGGGGGAUUUUGACCAAACUUUGUCAGAAUGAUGUAUUGGUACCCUAGUUGUGUCCCCCUGAAAAUCAGACUGGUUCAACAAUUUUUGAGUGAGUUAUGGCCCUUUGUUUAUUUUUAUACUUUACAUAGAUUUAUAUAGGGAAAAACUUUGAAAAUCUUCGUCCAAAAGCAGAGCCUAGGGCUUUGAUAUUUGGUAUGUAGCUUCAUCUAGUGGUCCACUACCAAGAUGAUUCAAAUUAUUUCCCUGGGGUCAAAUAUGGCCCCGCUCCGGGGGUCACAUGGUUUAUAUAGACUUAUAUAGGGGAAAACUUUGAAAAACCUCUUGUCCAAGACCACAGGGCUUUGAUGUUUUGUUUGUGACAUCAUCUAGUGGUCUUCUACUAAGAUUGUUCAAAUUAUUCCCCUAGGGUCAAAUAUGGCCCCGCCCUGGGGGUCACAUAGACUUAUAUAAGGAAAAACUUUGAAAAUCUUUAGUCCAAACCACAAAGCCUAGGGCUUUGAUAUUUGUAAUGUAGCAUCAUCUAGUGGUUCUCUACCAAGUUUGUUCAAAUUAUCCCUCUAGGGUCAAAUAUGGCCCUGCCCCGUGGGUCACAUGGUUCAUAUAGACUUAUAUAGGGAAAAGCUUUUAAAAUCUUCUUGUCAAUAACCUAUAACAUUCAAAUUUGGACCACAUGUAUAGUUUUGAGUGGCAAGAUGAACCUUGACAUGAGUUGACCUUGAUCUUGACCUAGUGACCUACUUUCACAUUUCUGAAGCUGCAGCCUUCAAAUUUGUACCACAUGCAUAGUUUUGUGCACCGAAAAAAACUUUGACCUAGUGACCUACUUUCACAUUUUUGAAGGUACAGGCUUCAAAUUUGGACCACAUGCAUACUUUUGUGUUCAGAAAUGAAAUUUGACUUUGAUUUUGACCUAGUGACCUACUUUCACAUUUCUCAAGCUACAGCCUUCAAAUUUGUAAUUUGGACCACAUGCAUAGUUUUGUGUACCGAAAUGAACUUUGAUCUUGAGAUUGACCUACUUCCACAUUUCUCAAGCUAAGGCUUCAAAUUUGGACCACAUGCAUAUUUUUGUGUUCUGAAUUGAAAUUAUGUCUCCCACCACACAGUGGUGUGGGAGACAUAUUGAUUUACUCCGGUCUGUCUGUCUGUCUGUCACAAAGCUUGUCCGCACAUUUCUCAUCUGAUCUUCACCAAACUUGAACAAAAUGUGUUUGACCAUGAGACCUCGGCCAAGUUCGAUAUCUAGCCAAAUCCACCCAGGCACUUUUGAAUUAUGGCCCUUGAAUUACUGAUUGGAUCCAUUCAUCACAGCCAUCGCGAGAAACUAGACAUUUUUCAAUGUUGCAGUUGUGGGAGACAUGCGCUUUUCUCAAAAGCAUCUCUAGUUUGACAUUGAUUUUUACCUGGUACCUACUUUCACAUUUCUCAAGCUACAGCCUCCAAAUUUGAAGCACAUGCAUAGUUUUAUAUACCGAAAUGAACUUUGACCUUGAAAUUGAUCUAGUGAUCUACUUUCACGUUUCCAAGCUACAGCUUUCAAAUUCGGACCACAUGCACUGUGUUGUGUACCGAAAUGAAAUUUGACCUUGAUUUUGACCUUGAGCUAGUCGUGAAAUUUGGAACGUUCAAAAAUGGCUCAAUGGUGGGCGCCAAGAUCACUCUGUGAUCUCUUGUUUUUGUUACUCAAUGUUGUCUGUCUUUACCAUGCACACACAUCCCCACAUCAUACUGCAUGUAUUAAAAGGAUGAUUGCCUAUGGUCAGUAGAUGACGCCAUUGUUUUAGAGUUCAGUACCUCAAAGGUCCAGGUGACAGUGACUGUGACACUGAAAAUGAAUUGACAUACCAUGAUUGUCCAUCUGAGAGGACACCAUUCUUGUUUCAGUACGCCUUAAUGUGUAAAGGAAGAACUACUUACUGUAAUAUGUUUUAAUUUGAAUGUAAUGAAAAUGUUUUAUUUCCAUUAUGGAUUAUGGCAUGAGUAUCCAGUAAAUACAUUAUGUACACUCGUCAAAGUAGCCAUGUAGGAAACAGUGACAAUUGUUCAAAGAUAUUGAAAAUAUCUAAUCUAAAAAUCUCUACAAUUACAAGAUGAAACACUGGUAAAAGAAUUUAUUUGGUAGAAGACUUAUUCUAUAAUUUUAUAUACAGAUGUGCCAAAUAUCUGUCACAGUGCAACUAUAAUAUUGUCAUAUUUUUCUGGGGUGUUUGUAAAUUUGUAUUAAAGUGCUUAACAAUUACCUUAAAUGACAGAUAAAAACAUGCAUCUACUAGUUUAUAUAGAUUACAACUGAAGACGUUGGAAUAAGGGGACUUAGAGGUAGGUUGAAACAUGGAUUCUAGUUUGGUUAUACAAAAAAAACAUGGAAAAUGUUUAAACCUAACAGGACAAGAAUACAGUGACAGAGGGAAGCAUUCACCAUAUUUUCUGACAAGUAAAUGUUUGCAAGAUAUUUCAGCAAAGUUACAAACUUGAAUGCAUUCAUUUUCCUGGUUGUUUACAAAGGUUGUGAUAAAUUUUUUUCAUAUUUCUGGUAGUUAUUUCAUAUAUAUAUACAAUAACUAACAUGUGAAAAAAAUUCAAACUAUUAAUUGAUUAGCAUAAAACAUCAGAUGCAUUGGAACACAUCUUGAGCAUUAUUUUACACUUGUGAAACUGAUGUAUUAUGGUAACACCUUCUGUGGCCGGCAGCUUCCUCCAAAGUUGUCUGCUGUUUAACUUGAGCAGUUUUUAUCCAGUAUUCACUGAACUUUGUCACAGUGUUUAUAGGCAUAAUGUCUCGGCCAAGUUCAAUAACAAUGCAGAAUUCCCCAUGGCUCUCGAGCUAUUACCCUUGAAUUACUCCAAAUUAUGAAGAUUGACGGUGUCUGCUGUCUAAUUUGAGCAGUUCUUAUCCACUUUUCACUACACUUGAUCACAGUGUGUAUGGAAAUAAUAUCUAGCUCCAAGGUCAAGGUCACACUUAGAAGUCCAAGGUUAACAGGGUCUAUUUUGUGCCCAGUUUAUAACUCUGCCAUCCAUGAAGGGAUUUUAAAAUUACUUUGCAUAAAUUUCCCUAUAAUGAGAUGCAAUGUCAUGCGCAAGACCAAGACCCCUAGCUUCAAGGUCAAGGUCACACUUAGAAGUGUCUGUUUCUUGUCUUGUCCAUAACUCUGCCCCAUAAUGAGUUAAUUUAUCAUGUGCAAGACCCAGACCCCUAGCUCCAAGGUCAAGGUCAGCUUUGGAUAUUCUUGGUAUUUUUUUGUCUGGUCUGUAACUUUUUUAUGCAUUGUUGUAUAUUCAAAUAACUAGGCAUUAAUAUUCACCAUUACAAGAUAUUAUGUCAUGUGCAAAGGUCAAGGACACAGGCACCCAAGAUAACUUUUUUUGUUCAUGAAAUAACCUCCUUUUUAUAUGAUAAAGUUCAAUACAUGUGUUUGUAUAUCAGUUUUCUCACUAAUUUGAAAAUGAAAUUAUGUUUAAAGUAAGAUGAUUGGUAUUGAUAGAUAUAAAAAGCUAUUAACUGUAGACUUGUAAUAUGCAAAGCCAGGCACAAGUUAUAACUUAAUGGUAUAUAUAGGUAAAUGCAGCAUUACUAUGGUUACAAAACAUUAGGUUGAUAUGUAGUGCAGUUCUGCAUUAACCAACAGUAGAAUUAACUUUUUCUGUUGUGUUAUUUAAAAACAAGUGUUUAUUAAUUACCUCCCUUUAAUAUGAUAAAAUAUUUAAUUAUAUUUUUAUUUAUUUUUUCUUACCAAUUUAGAAAUAAAAUCAGACUAAAGCUUUAAAAUGCAGAUAUUAGGAUUUGAAAUAAUUCCCCUUUUGUAAAUUUCCAGACAGUUUCAAACUUCAUAAUGUCUUCAUGAAUGAUAUGCUAUAGAGUAUUUAGAAGAUGCUGUAUUGUCAUGCAGUAUGUUUUGUGAAAAAUGUCCUUAGACAGGGGAUGUUGGUAACUCUGUUACAAUUCUUGUUGCAUAUGUUCCACUCAACUGUUAAAUUGAAAACAAGAGCAAUUUUUUUUAUGUUGGACAGCGUCAUUUAAUGUUCAUGUAAUGCGCGGGAAAGCCAACGUUGUUUGACAUUGUUUGACGCCAUUACCUUCCAAACAUUUGGUAUAAAUUUAUGCACUCUAUGGCUGUAGUUUCUUCUAUUAGCCUUAUUUAACCACGCUUAAAGAGGAAGCUAUUGAAAUAGUGUUAAUUUACCAUAUUUUUUCUUUUGUAAUAUACAUGUUAAUUUGUAGAUACUUGUCAUCCUGUCACUGGAUGCAUAAAAUUUGAAGGUUUUGCACACCCAGAUGUGUGCCUGAUAUCGCCAGAAGUGUGCCUGAUAUCGGUAUCAGGCACACCAGCUCACACAAACACUAAAAUUGGUCUCAUGCUGCUCAUAUAUACAUUUAAAUUCAGUGCAGAUCUGUUACUAUAUUUAGUAACAUAUGCAAUAACUACAUUGCAUAGUCCGUUCUAGGGGUUGGGGGGUGGCUCAUACAUUUUCAACAACUAUGUGCCUUUGUAUUAUAUUACUGUAAUUAUACAUUAAACAGGAUGUAAAGAUUUCAGUGAAUUUGAAAAAAAAAUAAUUUGAAUGACAUUCAUUUCUACACAUUUAGUGGUACAGAUUUAAGGAGGAUUCUUUUAAAAACAGUUUUCAACAAUGUUGUUUUGUUUUACUGAAAAGUAUAGUUACUGGUGAGAUUCAGGAAAUCCUAUUUUGAUUCAACAUUUUCUUGAUAUGGCAUAUUUGUCCAAUACAAGUUAACAGAAUAUAGAAAAAUAAAAAUAGAGAUUUCUGUGAAUGUAGACAUUAAUAUAUUAGAUUGCAAGGUGACAGGUGGAAAUAUUUCAUCAGCUCACUUGAGCACAGUGUGCCUAUGGUAAUAUUUUAGAAUCAUUGGAUGUCUGUUGUUCAUAAGAUGUUGUCCACAGUUGUUAGAAUUAUUGAACCUUUAGUUGUUUAUCAAGCCUACUUGUAGUUAUGCAGAAUGUGUGUAUAGCAAUAAGAUACUGUUUCAGUUUAAAUAUGGGCCAGAUAGUUAUAGCAUGUUCAGACUUAUGUGACCUUAAUUUAUUAAAUUAUAUUGUGUUCACUCUAAAAAAAUCUCUUCUUCGCAUUGAUAAAUUGGUUACACAUUGGUCCCUUUUAAAACAAAUGAAAUAUGGAAAAAAUUAAAUUAUUUUUUCACUUAAAGCUUUUUAUGAAUCUUCAUCUAAUUGUGUCUGUAGCAGUCUCAAAUAUACCUUUCUCAAGUUUUGUGUUUGUAGCAGUCUUAAAUGGACCUUUCACCUAAUUGUGUCUGUAGCAGUCUCAAAUGGACCUUUCACCUAAUUGUGUCUGUCGCAGUCUCAAAUCGACCUUUCACCUAAUAGUGUCUGUAGCAGUCUCAAAUGGUCCUUUCACCUAAUUGACCUUUCACCUAAUUGUGUCUGUAGCAGUCUCAAAUUGACCUUACACCUAAUAGUGUCUGUAGCAGUCUCAAAUGGUCCUUUCACCUAAUUGACCUUUCACCUAAUUGUGUCUGUAGCAGUCUCAAAUGGUCCUUUCACCUAAUUGACCUUUCACCUAAUUGUGUCUGUAGCAGUCUCAAAUGGUCCUUUCACCUAAUUGACCUUUCACCUAAUUGUGUCUGUAGCAGUCUCAAAUGGUCCUUUCACCUAAUUGACCUUACACUUAAUUGUGUCUGUCGCAGUCUCAAAUGGGCCUUUCUCAAGGUUUUUUUCAGGUUGUUGUGCUUUUCUGCACUUAGGGUCAUUAGAGCUUCAGAAGGAAAACCUUUUAAACAACUUCUUCUCAUAAACCUUUUUGAUGGGUGUUCCCUUAACUUGGUCAAAAAAAAUUACCAAGUUUUUGCAAAAUGUUCUGCUACACUUCCUCAUUCUUAUCAGAGUCAUAUCUAUCAAUUUUUGGGAUGAAUGUUUUUCACUCUAAAAGCAAGGUUGCAUUUAAUGAUUCAAUUUUUUAAAAUUAGGGCAAAAGCAUAUAUUUGAAUAGGGGAGUGAGACUGAAUUUUGGCCUAUGAAACAAGAGUAUUGAAGGCAGACAAAGCAUGGUGGUAUCAUGAAAAUCAUGAUUUGGUGAUUUAAAUGUCAUUAUUAUUUCUUGUUAUUGAGCAGUUAUGCCAUUAACUUAUUGUGUUAUGCAUUGUUAUUACACCACAUUGGAUGCAGAUUCAUAACUUGAGAUUUGAGUAUGGUUUACUUUGAGAGUAAUGGUACUCUGGUGAGACAUGGCCUUCUUGUUGAGGUAGAGAAACAACCCUUUCAAACAUGAGUUACUUUCAAGGAUUGAAAUCAUAUUAAUUUUAUAUUUGGUUAAUCAGUUGAGGGUGCAAUAAUAAGGACUUCUGGUACCUUUUGGUAUUUUCAGACACUAUCAGAUUUCUGAUUUACAUUAAAAUUUUCAUCAGUAUUGAUAAGAUAAAAAUUGUACACAUGUAAGAGGGAGAAUGUGAAAAGAAAACAUAGCUAUUGUAUCUUUGCUACUGCCAACUUACAUUAAAGAGUGAGCAGGUAAAAAAGGUAAAAAAAAGAAGAAAGCAUAGCUAUUAUUUUUGCUACUGGUUACACAUGUUAAAGUGUGAGAAUGUGAAAAGAAAACAUAGAUAUUGUAUAAUGCUACUGACAACACAUUUGUAAGAGUGAGAAAGUAGAAAGAAAGGAUAGCUAUUGUAUAUUUUCUACUGACAGUACAUGUCUACUUGUCAUUUUUAUGUAAAAAAAUUCUGCCAAAGAGUUCAGAUUGUCACACAUUGAUAGUUUUCUCCCAUUAGUAAAUACCAUUAAAAUACCCAUUAAAUUGACUGUAUGUACCAUCGGCAGUACAUAUCAAUCUUCUAGUUUUCAGUUUACAAGCACUGAAUUUUGUGCUGUCCCAAUCAUGAAACUUGAUAAGGAAAGCUAAAUUUGCCAAUUUCCAAAUUGCUACAGGAAAUUCCUUGCGAAUGAUAGCAACAACUGCUACAUGAUUUGGUAACAAUAAAUCUGAAAAUAAGCUCAAAUAUGUUUGCCAUUCAUGCUGUUUUUCCCCACCUAUAUGCUCUUUAAUCUAUAAACUGAUUCUCAUUUCUAAAUUUGACCCUGACCAAAUUGACACUAACAGCAGAAAACUGCUUACUGCUUCCUAAGCAAUUUUAGAAACAGGGUGGUUUGCAAGGCAAAAGCUUUUUACCAGGGCUUACAACCAGAAUUACAAAUAUCCCAGUCUGAAAUCUGCUUUGACAAUUUUAUGUAAAUUUACAGAAAUGAUUUUUGUUGACCUUAUCAAAAUGAAAAAAAUGGAGUAUAAGCAAACAAUGCUUCCCAAAAGGAAAAACUGAGAAACAGCAAAAUUUAGCACAUCUAUACCAAAGUUAGAGAAUGAGCUGUUUAAGGUAAAUGGUCCCCCUCCCAUAGUUGGUUUGUUAACACACAAAAGAUCACAGUUUUUGUCCAGUCUUAAUGGCCCUUGAUCAGAAUGUUUGUCUCUAUAAAAUCUGAGACAAGUUUUAUAUGGGUUGGUUAAAAAAACUAAUAAUAGGUCCAAUCAUAGAAAAGCCUUGUAACACUUUAAAAGAGGCAACAUUUUAUAUCAGAUCUAAUUGAACCUUGUUCAAAAUGGUUGUCUGUAUAAAACUGAUGCGGUGUCAUAUGUGGGAGGGAAUGGGAAGUGGUCACGAGUUCAAAUCAUAUAAAAAGAAAUUUAACACCCCAGAGGUAACAUGUUCCCAAUGAACUACAUGAAACAGAGUCAAAAUGAUUGUGUUUAUGGAAUAUAGGUCAGGUUUGAAACUGGGUCUUUUGGGGUAACAGAAAUGGGUCAGACUAACAUACAUGACCUUUGUGGCCCACUUUCUUUUUGUGUUUGUUUAAAGAAUUUCUAUGAUUCCCAUGUUCAGAGUGCUUAAAUUCUAAAUAUUUAAUGGAAAGCAAUCGUAAGGCUUAAAUCACAUUUCAAAUGAUUUGAAAAAAUGUACAGGUGAGCGAUGUAAUACGUCCUCUGUGUCUGUUGUUAAAUAACAGUAAAAUAGAUAUUCCUCUUGUUCUUAAAUGAUAGAAACAUUAAAUUUUGCGAAAAAUUAAAGACUGAUAAAAUGUUUUUCCAAACUUAAUAUGUCUGUACACAGUCCUUAUCAUGUUUAAAAAUAUUGUUUUUAUAAAUUGAUAUUUUAUGUAUUGUGAGCAACAUAACAUUUUUAGCUCACUUGAACCAAAGGUUAAUGAUGAGCUUACAGUAUAGGUGCAUGGUCCGGAACCCAUAAUUUUUGGGUCCACAAUUAACAUAAAUAUUUACAUUCGCCCUAUUCUUUUCCAUUUAAAAAUUUGACGUUCAUGUCAAAGGAUAGGCACGAAAGUUAUGUCAUAGCUGCUUAGUGAUUAACAGGCUGCUGUUUUGACAGCAUCCGCGUAUAGUCAGGGAGAACGUUCCGUAGAUGAAGUCACAGUUGUUCCGUCUGGUGAACAGAAUGGCCGGGAAGCUGAUUUUAAUGUUAAAUGCAACAAAAUGUAUGCAAUUUAUAAUAUAAUUGAGUUUACAAGUGGAAAGGAAAUAUAAUAUAAAUAUAUGAAAUGAAAUAUAUUUUUUUGGUGUUCAUGUGAAAUGAAUGACAUAAUAGGAUUGGCAAAUUAAACAUGAAUCGCUAGCGCAAUUCGUGGAUUUGCCAAUCCUAUUCUGUCGUUCAUUUCACAUGAACACCGAAAAAAUACAUUUCAUUUCUUAAUUAUCUUUAUAUCAUAUAGUGUUGCUGCUGCCUGUAUGUUGGUCUGUACGGACAUCUGUCCGUUGGUCCGUACUUACGUCCCAAAAUGUUUUGUGUCUUAACUCCUCCCACACAAUUAGCCUGAUCUGCUGAUGAACAAGCUUGAGGCACAGAUGACCAUAGAGGAAGGAAUUUUUACUGUUACUUACCACAGUUAUGGCCCUUUGAUAGUUUUGCUAUAUAGAAUAUAGAGAAAAAUCUUGUGUGUUCAACUCAUCAAACACUUUUAAAAGGAUACGCAUGAAAGUUUCACAGAUGAAGGACCUUGAUGUGAAGAUGACUAUAAAUAAUGGACUUUUUUCUGUUGGUAUCGUUUCUAGAAUUAUGACCCUUUCUUAAUUUCACAAAAUAGGCCAUUGUGAAAUUUGGUGUGUUUUACUCAUACACCUUUUGAAGGAAUGGAUUCAGAGUUGCUCAUAUGCACAACCUUAUCUGAAUAUGACCAUAUAUGGCCCUAUGUUGAUUUCACUGGGUGUAGUGAAGAAAUUUUGUGUGUUCAACUCAUCAUACUCUUUGAAGGAAUGGGUUCAGUCGCACAGGUGAAGAACCUUAAUAUGAAAUUGUGCAGUAUGUGGGGGGCAACCAUGUCCAAGGACACAGUUCUAUUUCUUCUAGUCAUAAUUACACCAAAUUUGGUCUGUAGCAUGCUGGCAAGGUUCUCAAGUUUGUUCAAAUGGUUUCUGUUGACCCAUUUUAGGGGCUUUUAGAGCUAAAAUCAGAGAAAAAAAGUUGAAACAACUUCGUCUCAUGAUGGCUUUCAUCAAACUUCGUCUGUAGCAUCAUAAUUCAAGUUUUUACCAUUCACGAUUAAGUGCGUCGUACAUAUAUUAAAGUUCAAAUUGUCAUGGUCAGGUGAGCGAUUAAGGGACACUUUAGCCCUCUUGUACCUGUUUUUAACAUAAUUUUAACCUCUUUAUGAACAUUUUAUUUUAUCUGAGUUGUAAUAUAUUGUACAUAAACUGUCAUAUAAUAUUACGUAAGUAUAUAAAAAGUAUAAUGGAUUUAGAUACUCGGAAUUAAUACAUAAUUGGCAUGAAAACAGAAAUAUGUCUCUUGUUGAAAGAAUUGUAUGUUUUUAUACAUCUUCAUUAUAGAGAGUGAGAAUUGGUGAUAUCUAAGUUUGUCUUUUGUGGUAUACAAGCUGUAAAGAAUAUUUGAUCUGUGUUCCUCAAAAACACCUCAUUGAUUUCCUUUAAAUAAGUGACAGAAAUGAUACUGUCACUACUGACUAUAAUUUGAUUAUACAUGUAUAUUUUGACUACUUUAUUUUGUACUUGAGUAAUAUUCUUAUCUAUAAUUCUGUUAUUAAUUAAACUAACAAUUUGAUAUUUUGAGCAAAAAACUGUUAUUACAGUUAUACCUUACCCCUAUGUAUAGUGUGAUAAACAAUUGUUGAAGCCCACCCGCUUAGCUCAGUAGGUAAGAGCGUUGGUCUAUGGAUCGCGGGGUCGCAAGUUCGAUCCUCGGGCGGGGCGUAUGUUCUCCGUGACUAUUUGAUAAACGACAUUGUGUCUGAAAUCAUUAGUCCUCCACCUCUGAUUCAUGUGGGGAAGUUGGCAGUUACUUGCGGAGAACAGGUUUGUACUGGUACAGAAUCCAGGAACACUGGUUAAGUUAACUGCCCGCCGUUACAUGACUGAAAUACUGUUGAAAAACGGCGUUAAACCCAAAACAAACAAGCAAACAAUUGUUGAACUGCAUGUUUUAGGUGAAUUGAAAUCAACUAGUAUGUAUUCCCAUUGAUGGCCAUGUUUUGUCAAACUAUACGUAUUGGUAGGGUAUAACAAAAACAGUGGCAGUUCCUUUCUGGUCUGAUGCCAGUGAUUAAACUUGUCUUAUUAUGACUCAAUUUUCAUAAAAGAUGUCCAGUUUGUUUGACACAUUAUUAAAUAUUAGAAGAAACAAAACUAUUGGUUUAUACUAAAUUAUUAUAGGUAUAUUAUUAAACAAGUUCCAGUACUCUGGACACCCCAUUCUCCAUUGCCAUGAGAGUAUGAGAGAAGAGAAACCAGAUGCUGUUUUAUUGCUAAGUGUCAAGCGUUUUUCAUGUGUUUGUAUAAAGCAGUCUGGUAACAAACCCGUGACAUGUUUUACACAAGGAAGGUGCUCUUGUAGUAAGCUUUCAAGAAGUCUGUUGUAGAUGUAUAUAAUUUCUGACAGUAACAACAAGUGAUUGAUCUAACCUUGCUACCGAUUGCAACUAAGUUAAUUUUACAAACUGGUGCUCAGUUUGUAUGUCAUGCAAUAUACCCAUUGCAUUUACAAUGAAUUGCACAAGUAUUUGAAAUAUGCAUGAAAGAUUCAGUUUUGUUUUAUUGAAUGCUAGGUUUUUAAUGCACUGUUUGUUGUGAAAUUCUAUUAUAAAUAGUUAUAUUUUCACUUCUCAUCUUAUUUUUCAAUGACAUACAUUGAUACAAAAAUCCAUGUAAAAAAUAUAUUCAUUUUUUUCUAACAAAUUGAGAACAUGUAGCUUUAGGUGGUUGGUAUUCUGUUAGGACACUUCCAGUGAUGAAAUUUGUUAUUCUGAGAUAAUGUUAAAAUGUAAGUUCAUGGUUAAAUGAAAAUAUUUCUGAAUGACCCAUUUCUUAUGUAGACAGUUUUCAAGCUGUUUUUACUAGUGUUAAUCUGAAGUUCAGUAUGAGCAGGUAAAAGCAACCAUUCUAUUCAUUUUCAUGUAUUUUACAUAGGUCAGUUCCAAAUUUUGAGCAAGUUGUAUAAAGGUAAAGAUUAAAACACUGCGGUUUAUUAUGGGAUUAAUUUCUGAUUUCUGGAUCUUGAAUUUUGCAAGAUCAUUUGCCAGUUAAAUACUGUUUAUAUCACAUUUCACAUUGCCAUGCAAAAUAAGUAUCAUGUAUUAGUGCAGAAAACACAGAAAUACAUACUUAUUAUUUUCCAUGUGGGUAGAAAAUUGACGCACAGGUUUACCAAGAACUACUGUUAUGCCUGAUCACUAUGUAAUAAUGCCUGAUCACUAUGUAAUAAUGCCUAUUUUUCCUGCCUUGAUUUUAUAAGGCUUUGAUUUACAUUUCAAGAGUAGUGUGAAGAAUGAUUUGUAUUUAGUAGGGCAUUUGUGGAUUGGUCAGCUAUAUUUUACUAGAGCUUUAGUCUCAACUGUUGAAUAUUGGUAACCGAAAAGCAUGUUAUAUUUAUGUUUUAAACUCAACUGAACGAAAGGUUUAAGUGAGGAAUCGUCACAGUGCUUGCUUUAUUUACCAUAACUUUACAAAAACUGUAGGUAUCGCACAGUAUAUUUUGACAUGUAAACAAACAAAGCAAUAACAUAAAAUUAAGUCAGUACACUACGUUUAUGGUGCAAACAGUGAUUCCUCAUUGGCCAAGCAGUAACGGUAUUCAUGUUAUACUUUACGUCGGGAGUUUGGUUCCUGGACCCGUAGAAGUCUCAUUUUUAAAACUGUAUUUAAUUUUUUUUUACAGUAUGAUUCAACGAGGACAACUGGAGUUAGUUAAUCUAGUUCUAACUUGUUCAGUAACUUAUAUAUGUCACUAUUAACAUGUAAUUAUGUUUAAAUACACUUAUGUUUAAACACACUUCCCCUUUAAUAUGAUCUAAUGUGUUUUUAGCUCGACUAUUCGAAGAAUAAGUAGAGCUAUCCUACUCACCACGGCGUCGGCGUCAGCGUCACACCUUGGUUAAGUUUUUCGUACCAGUCCACAUUUUGACAAAGUCUUUUGAGAUAAAGCUUUGAAACUUUCAACACUUGUUUACCAUCAUCAUGGCCAGUUUUAGGCAAGAGCACAUAACUCCAUCAAGGAUUUUGGCUGAAUUAUGGCCCCUUUUGACUUAGAAAUCAUGGUUAAGUUUUUCGUACCAGUUCAUAUUUUGACAAAGUCUUUUAAGAUAAAGCUUUGAAACUUUCAACACUUGUUUACCAUCACCAUGGCCAGUUAUAGGCAAGAGUACAUAACUCCAUCAGGGAUUUUGGCUGAAUUAUGGCCCCUUUCGACUUAGAAAUCUUGGUUAAGUUUUUCGUACCAGUUCAUAUUUAGACAAAGUCUUUUAAGAUAAAGCUUUGAAACUUUCAACACUUGUUUACCAUCACCAUGGCCAGUUAUAGGCAAGAGUACAUAACUCCAUCAGGGAUUUUGGCUGAAUUAUGGCCCCUUUCGACUUAGAAAUCUUGGUUAAGUUUUUCGUACCAGUUCAUAUUUAGACAAAGUCUUUUGAGAUAAAGCUUUGAAACUUUCAACACUUGUUUACCAUCACCAUGUCCAGUUAUACGCAAGAGCACAUAACUCCAUCAAGGAUUUUGGCUGAAUUGUGGCCCUUUUUGACUUAGAAAUCUGGGUUAGUAUUUCGUACCAGUUCAUAUUUUGACAAAGCCUUUUGAGAUAAAGCUUUGAAACUUUCAGCACCUGUUUACCAUCACCAUGUUCAGUUAUAGGCAAGAGUACAUAACUCCAUCAAAGAUUUUGGCUGAAUUAUGGCCCCUUUUGACUUAGAAAUCUUGGUUAAGUUUUUCGUACCAGUUCAUAUUUUUUGUAAAGUGUUUGACAUAUGGCUUUUAAACUUUUAUCACUUGUUUAGUAUAAUAGUUUCUAUCUGUAGGAAAGAGAACAUAACUCUGUAAAUCUAUUUUGGCUGAAUUAUGGCCCUUUUUGGACUUUGAAAUUGGUUCUGUUUCAUACAAGUCCAUGUUUUGUCAAAACUAUUUGACAUAUGGCUUUUAAACUUUGAACACUUGUUUAUCAUUAUGAUUUCCAUCUGUAGGCAAGAGUACAUAACUAUUUUGGCUGAAUUAUGGCUCUUUUUGGACUUUGAAAUUGGCUCAUAUAUUGCCAUUUAGUGCAAGACUUAUCGAAAUCAAAGUAAUACAGGAACAUUGUUUGUCUGAUCUAUUUAUUUCUUUUGUCUGAAUAUCAGUGGAAAUAUUUUGACCCUAUUCUUCAAUCAAUUCUUCGAAUAGUCGAGCGCGCUGUCAUCAGACAGCUCUUGUUAAGCUUUCCUGUGAUAUUUUUAAAGCUCAACGGGUUAGUUUUAUUAGCUCACCUGUCAUGAAGUGACAAGGUGAGCUAUUGUGACCGCUUGAUGUCUGUCGUCCGUCAACAAUUUCUAAAAGAAAUCUUCUUGAAAACCACUGGGCAGAAUUACACCAAACUUCACAGGAAUGAUCCUUGGGUGGCCCCCUUUCAAAAUUGUUCAAAGAAUUGAAUUCCAUGCAGAACUCUGGUUGCCAUGGCAAGGGAAAGGAAAAACUUUAAAAAUCUUCUUGUCCAAAACCACAGGGCCUAGGGCUUUGAUAUCUGGUGUGUAGCAUCAUCUAGUGGUCCUCUACCAAAAUUAUUCAAAUUAUCCCCCUAGGGUCAAAUAUGGCCCCACCCCGGGGGUCACAUGGUUUACAUAGACUUAUAUAGGGAAAACUUUGAAAAUCUUCUUGUACAAAACCACAUGGCCUAGGGCUUUGAUAUUUGGUAUGUAGCAUCAUCUAGUGGUCCUGUACCAAGAUUGUUCAAAUUAUCCCCCUAGGGUCAAAUAUGGCCCCGCGCCGGGGAUCCCAAGUUUUACAUAGACUUAUAUAGGAAAAAAAGUUUAAAAAUCUUCUUGUCUGAAACCACAACACUUAGACCAAAAUUGUUCAAAUUGUACCCCUUGGGUGAAAAGAGGCCCUGCCCUGGGAGUCCCCAGUUUUAUAUAGACUUAUAUAGGAAAACACUUUAAAAAUCUUCUUGUCUGAAACCAUACAACCUAGGCUUUUGAUAUUUGGUAUGAUGCAUUGUCUAGUAGUCCUCUACCAAAAUUGUUCAAAUUAUGCCCCUGGGGUUAAAAGAGGCCCUGCCCUGGGGUCACUUAGUUAUUAUGUGAGAUAUAUAGGAAAAAUUCUUAAAAAAUCAUCUGAUCCUAUUUCUAAGACUGUUUAAUUAUAAUUACCUGAUGACCCUAAGUAAUAUGAAGUCACUUGACUGUGACCUUGACCUACUGACCUACUUUCUUGUUUUUAGCUCACCAGUCACAAAGUGACAAGGUGAGCUUUUGUGAUCGCAUGGCGUCCGUUGUCCGUCCGUGCAUGUGUGCACAAACUUUUGGUUGUGACCACUCUAGAGGUCACAUUUUUCAUGCGAUCUUUAUGAAAGUUAGUCAGAAUGUUCAUCUUGAUGAUAUCUAGGUCAAGUUCGAAACUGGGUCAAUUGCAGUCCAAAAUGAGGUCAGUAGGUCUAAAAAUAGAAAAACCUUGUGACCUCCCUAGAGGCCAUAUUUUUCAAUGGAUCUUCAUGAAAAUUGGUCAGAAUGUUCAACUUGAUGAUAUCUAGGUCAAGUUCGAAACAGGGUCAUGUGCGAUCCAAAACUAGGUCAGUAGGUCUAAAAAUAGAAAAUCCUUGUGACCUCCCUAGAGGCCAUAUUUUUCAAUGGAUCUUAUGAAAAUUGGUCAGAAUGUUCACCUUGAUGAUAUCUAGGUCAAGUUCGAAAGUGGAUCACGUGAGGUCAAAACUAGGUCAGUAGGUCUAAAAAUAGAAAAACCUUGUAACCUCUCUAGAGGCCAUACUUUUCAUGAGAUCUUCAUGAAAAUUGGUCAGAAUGUUCACCUUGGUGAUAUCUAGAUCAAGUUCGAAACUGGGUCACAUGCCUUCAAAAACUAGGUCUUUAGGUCAAAUAAUAGAAAAACCUUGUGACCUCUCUAGAGGCCAUAUUUUUCAUGAGAUCUUCAUGAAAAUUGGUGAGAAUGUUCACCUUGAUGAUAUCUAGGUCAAGUUCGAAACUGAGUAAUGUGCCUUCAAAAACUAGGUCAUUAGGUCAAAUAAUAGAAAAACCUUGUGACCUCUAUAGAGGCCAUAUUUUUCAAUGGAUCUUCAUGGAAAUUGGUCAGAAUUUUUAUCUCGAUGAUGUCUAGGUCAAGUUCAAAACUGGGUCACAUGAGCUUUAAAACUAGGUCACUGUGUCAAAUAAUAGAAAAAACGAUGUCAUACUCAGUUCAAAACUGGGUCAUGUGGGGACAGGUGAGCGAUUCAGGACCAUCAUGGUCCUCUUGUUUAAGAUACAGCCUUGAAAUUUUGAUGACAUACACAGUUUUGCACACAAAUCGUAAAACUGAAUUUCAUUGACCAUGAAUGUGACCUACUGACUUUCUUAAUAUUUUAUCAUUAGUUUGACAUUUGAAACAUGUAGCUCAUAUUACUCAGGUGAGCGAUCCAGGGUCAUCAUGACCCUCUUGUAAAGAAAAUUAACAAUCUUACACUUCACUUUAAAUGGCAUUGCUCGGUCAUAAUUUCAGUAUUGAUUGAUUUAAAGAUACUACCAAUUGUAUAUGAAAAUAAGAUACACAACAAUGAGUUUGAAACCAAAGAAAAACAAACUCAUAAAGUAUGUAAAUUAAAUGCAAAAUAAAAUAAAAAAUUGGAUGGAUGUAAGAUUCAAACCCUCAAAACUAUCACUACAAAAUUGUUACGUGUCCAUCCAUUUGACAUACUGUGCCAACAAGCCAACUAUUGAUCUUACUUCGUAUAUAUCUUUGUUUUAAACGUGAGUGCUACUGAUUGUUUAUUUAGAUAUUGCUAAAAAUAAAAAUGCCAUAAUACUGUGCGGUACUUAUAACAGUGUUGCAGUAUUUAAUGUAUUUAUGGAAAGCUUUGGGUUUUCAGAGCAGCUAAGCUAGGAAUUGAUUAGAUUUUGAUCAUAUUUAACUUCUACAAAAAUGUGUCAAUAGGUCAGAUUUAGAGGAAAUCUUUUUGUCACUGUACCAAAGUCAUUGUUACAGUAAUAAGUUACAGUUUUUGAAGAUUUUUAUGAAUUUUAUCAGACUAUAAAAUAGCUGUUGGUCAACCUGAUAAAGCAAUUUUGUGCACAGAUUUAUUAAAAUGGAGGGUUAUGAGGUUGGGCUACUUAGAACCAUUUUUCUAGCUUGUGAUAAACUUGUAUUUUUGUGUAGAAGAUCAUGUGUACAAUCUAGAAAAGUAGUAAGUGUCUGAGGGAAUUUGCAUGUUCUUCCUCCUCAUCAUCAUCAUCGGUUUCCCUUUCUUGAUAAUCACCAUUAUCAGCAUCACUUUAAGUGGUGGUUGUCAGUUCUGUCAGUGACGAAGUUGUUUGUGAUCGUUAUGAAGAGUGUAUGUAGCCUCCUUUUAUACAAACAUAUUCAUGAUUAUUGAGUACACUAGUUAUUAACAAUAAUAAAUAAUAUGUACAUAUUAUACCCUUGUAUAGAUAUCGGGGUUAAUUCAUGAAGUAUUUUGUAUUUUUUCUGAUUUUUAACAUGAAAUAAAAAGAAUACUAUUAAUGUUA